UGUUUAAAGGAAGUUCCCUUUCUGUAUCUCCCGCGUCCAUUUACACAACUGGGGACUUAGAACAUUCGGCAGGUUAAACAAUUACACGCAAUUCAGCCUGCUGUAAAAUAAAAUGAGACGCCGCUGGAGUUUCUGUGACAUGUUUGACCCGAGAUUAGUGCUACGUGUGAGCCUGAUGUUACACACUAGGAAGUAGAGUGAAAUUUACAAGGCGGGGCCUCGGCUUUAAAAGGAAACCUUCAGUGAGUCAAGUUUCUGCGCUUGCGGUGGAUGUUAGCUCCUUGUCAUCCGUUACAUUUUGCAGAAUUUGGAUCGGAGCAGUUACCGUCUCGGUCAAGAAUAAUUGACGAUGUUGAGUCCAGUCUUUCUGAUGUUGUUCUGUAUGUUUGUGCACCAGGGUACACAGGAUAUAGUUUCAAAGGAGCAGACAUAUUCCUAUCAGGUAACUGGAUACCUUGAAGAUUGCACUUGCGAUGCUGAAACUAUUCAAGAGUUUAACAACAAGCUGUUUUCUAAGCUACAAGAGCUCCUGAAAAGUGACUAUUUUAGGUAUUACAAGGUCAAUUUAAAGAAGCCUUGCCCCUUCUGGUCAGAUAAUAGCCACUGUGGUCUGAGGGACUGUGCCGUUAAACCUUGCGAGCCAGAUGAUCUACCAGCAGGAAUUAGAUCUGAAAGCUUUAAGUAUACCAAGAAGGUAAAUACUGUCUCUCAACAUGUUGCUGAAUGUGAAGAGGCCGAGAAGCUUGGUGCCGUUAACAACUCUUUGAGUGAAGAAACAAAACAAGCAGUGAUUGACUGGACCAGACACGAUGACUCCACAGACAACUUCUGUGAAAUUGAUGAUGAACAAUCUCCAGAUGCUGAGUAUGUAGAUCUGCUUCUCAACCCUGAACGCUAUACUGGCUAUAAAGGUAUAGAAACAUGGAAAAUUUGGAAUAGUAUCUAUGAAGAAAAUUGUUUUAAGCCAAGCUCCAUUAGACGACCAUUCAACCCACUGACACCUGGCAAAGACAAAAGCAGUAGUGAAGAAGGACAUAUGGUCCACUUCACUUGCCAAACUUGGGGAAAAAUUCAACAUAUGGAAAUCUCUGAAGCUGGUGGAGCCUUCUACAAUUGGUUGCAAGAUUUGUGCAUAGAGAAGAGAUCAUUUUAUCGAACUAUUUCAGGACUCCACACCAGCAUUAAUAUUCAUCUUAGUGCACGAUAUCUGUUAGAAGAUACCUGGUAUGAAAAGAAAUGGGGGCAUAACAUUACAGAAUUUAAACAGAGAUUUGAUCCACAUAUUACCAAAGGAGAAGGACCACGCAGGAUUCAAAACCUUUAUUUCUUGUACCUGCUGGAGUUGCGGGCUUUAUCCAAGGUGUUGCCCUUUUUUGAACGCCCUGCCUUUCAGCUUUAUACAGGCAAUGAAGCACAGGAUACUAAAUAUAAAAAUCUUCUUCUGGAAAUUCUCAAUUUGGCCAAAUCCUUCCCUUCACACUUUAAUGAACAUUCCUUGUUUGCUGGGGAGAAAAAGGAAUCUGUAAAUCUAAAGGAAGAAUUUCGGCUGCAUUUCAAGAAUAUUACAAGAAUCAUAGAUUGUAUUGGUUGCUUCAAAUGCAGACUUUGGGGCAAACUUCAGAUACAAGGGCUGGGUACUGUACUGAAGAUCCUCUUCUCUGAGAAGCAGAUAAACAGUAUAUCUGACUCUGGUCCAUCUAAAAGAUUCCACCUAACACGCCAAGAUAUCGUUGCACUCUUUAAUGCUUUUGGAAGGGUUUCUACCAGUCUCUGGGAGCUUCAGAAUUUCAUGGAACUACUGAAAACUACACAUUGAUGGUACCUAACUUACUACUCUCUUUUUCCUAUUGAAAGUUCUUGUGCUUUUGUUUUGAAAAGUCAAGAGAUUGUAAAUACAGUAGGUUUUGGUUAAUUGGGUGGGACACAUCAGGCCCAGUACAUAAUGGAGCUGCCCCAAUCAGCCAGUUUCAUGGAAAUGGUCAAAAGCUGUAAAAUAAAAUAAACCACUUAUAACUGCCAUAAUGUAUGUAUUUAAAUAAAUAGGGAACAAAUUAGAACACUACUAAUACUACUACUGUACUAUAGAGCUAAUAGUUAUUGAUGGUAGAAUUCAUGCAGUGUAAGCAUUUUUUUCAUUGACUGAAUGAACAAAAUCAGUGCAGGUGCCUACUGCAGAUAAUGGACUGCCUUCACACAAUACUUUUGAUGAUUGCAGUUUCCAAAUCUACAUUUUCAUUGCACAUUCCAGAUGAUUGUUGAUACCUUCAAACUUUUUGUAAUUUCUAACUUGUAGUGAGAUAGUUUCAUAUUCAUUUCCAACAUCUCCAAUCCUGAAUGCUUGAAACCAUGGUGAGCAAAACAGUUCCAAAUUGUGUAACUGCUUACUUCUCAAUUAUCAGUGACAAAAAUCACUUUUCUCGACAAAAAUAGAUGUAGUUGAUGCUAUUUAAGAAUGGAACACUCCAAGCAGUGUAGUGUGCAACAACCACAUGAGCAUGCAACUGAUGCUAGAUAGAAACUGAUUGGGAAUGGUCUCCUGCUCCAGUUAAGCAGCAUUUGUUCCCAAAUAAAUGGAGGGAAUCUUGGCUAUUUUCUUGAUUUUGUUUUGAGUAGUCCCAAUGAACCAGAAUCUACUGUAUACUGUAAAAACAAAUUUAAUGCUGUAGCUGAAGAACUGUUUUCAGAAAUCAUUAAUACAAAAAUGGCUAGUUCAGCCAACUAUGCCAUAAUGUUAUUUGUUGAUAUUGUUUGUGACACUGUGAAUUACAACUUGGAAAUUAAAGACAUUGAAUAUUUUUGUAUGAUUUUCACUGAAGAAAUGUUACCAGUUGGACCACUGAGUUUACAAAAUGCACUGUUCCGCUCCAAGGUUUCUUAACUUUAAUUUUAUUUCAUCCAUCAAAUUAAAUUUCAUUCAGGAUAAUUGCAUCACUGUUGCAGCAACAUUUGUUGAAAUGAAUGCAAUUAUCAAAGACAAAAGGAUUACUGAAUGAUAACCAAGUUAAUUCCCAAGUUGCAUGGAGAUUGUAGCAGAUUGUUUGGGGGUCAAAUCAAUGUAAAUAGGAUGAUUUUGUUUAAAACAUUGCUUGACAUCUGGAUUGCAAGUGCGCUGUGGCUUUUUAAUUUGAUUCAACUUAUUAUUUCCAACAGCCAAUUUGGAAACUCCAAUUGCAAUAAAUUUUCAACAAUCUCACAAACAAGCAGAUCUGGUGUGGUUUGUGGCAAGUUGUAGAAUAUACUCGAUACUUUUUUUAAUACUUGAGCACCAAUUGGAGUUCUGUAAAUAACUGCUACUGAAGAUUUAUAUCUGAUCUAUUGCACAUGUGAAAAUCCAAGGGGCACAAAGCCAGAUGUAUAAAGUGGUGAAAAAUUGCAGGGGUAGGAAGGUAUAGGUUUGUAUUAGUCCUUCCACCCCUCAGAUUUAACCACUUACCACUUUAGUGGCUCAUUUUACUAUAAACCUGCAUGGCUUUGCAAGGAAACAAGUAUCUGGAGGGAAACCCUGCAAACUCAAGAUUAUUUUCAAUUGUAGUUGAAGCUACUAGCUGGAAAUAGCCCUGACCCAGCACUUAAUCGUGUGGAAGGACAUCAUAAAGAACUAUCAUAUAUACCUGAUGAGUUGACUUAUGUUGGGACUACAUUGCCCAGGUUUUGGCUUUUCAAGAUAGAAUUAAUAGCAACUCUGGAUCAUGCUUAGCAAUCCCUUUCAGAACUUAGUACUCACUUAUUUUCUGAACUUCUAAGAAUAGCACAAUGUGUUAUCUGUGGGGUACCUGCAUUCAGUCCAGAAGGUCAACACCAAACUUGCUGUUGCUUGGAAUUCUAUAUUUGACUCCCACCCCAAUGCAAGAGGCUAAUCCAAGUGUGGAACAGCUCUUCAGCUUCAGAUUGAGCAGCCUUUUGGCCUCGGUACUGAAUCCUACACAUUCAUUGAACUUGAUUUCUCAGUAGUCCGUCUGAUAUUGCUUCACCAACCUGAUCCCCUUUUAUCCUCCCUCUGGAUUUUGCAAUUCCCACAUCUUGUCUCUGGAUAAGAGAAUAUUUCAAGUCAAGGACACUUUUUGUCAGAUGUUAGCUCUGUUUCUCUUCAUACAGACAAAGCCGGACCUGGUGUGCCACAGGGAUCAGUGCUGGGUCCAUUAUUAUUUGUCAUCUAUAUCAAUGAUCUGGUAAAUCGGAUCAGCAAAUUUGCUGAUGAUAUAAAGAUUGGAGGUGUAGUGGACAGUGAGGAAGGUUUUCAAUGCUUGCAGAGGGAUUUUGACCAGCUGGAAAAAUGGGCUGACAAAUGGCAGAUGGAGUUUAAUGCAGACAAGUGUGAGGUAUUGCACUUUGGAAGGACAAACCAAGGUAGAACACACAAGAUAAAUGGUAGGACACUGAGGAAUGCAGUGGAACAGAGGGAUCUGGGAAUACAGAUACAAAAUUCCCUAAAAGUGAUGUCACCUGUGGAUAGGGUCGUAAAGAGAGCUUUUGGCACAUUGGCCUUUAUAAAUCAAAGUAUUGAGUAUAAGAGUUGGAAUGUAAUGGUGAAGUUGUAUAAGGCAUUGGUGAGGCAGAGUUUGGAGUAUUGUGUGCAGUCUUGGCCACUGAGUUACAGGAAGGAUAUUAAUAAGGUUGAAAGAGUAGAGAUGGUUUACAAAGAUGUUGCCGGGACUUGAGAAACUGAGUUACAGAGAAAGGUUGAAUAGGUUAGGACUUUAUUCCCUGGAGCGUAGGAGAAUGAGGGGAGAUUUGAUAGAAUUGUAUAAAACUAUGAUGGGUAUAGAUAGUGAAUGCAAGCAGGCUUUUUCCACUGAGGCUAGGGGAGAGAAAAACCAGAGGAUAUGGGUUAAGUGUGAAAAGGGUAAAAGGGAACAUUGGGGGGAGCUUCUUCACAGAGAGUAGUGGGAGUGUGGAAUGAGCUGCCAGUUGAAGUGGUGAAUGGAGGCUCACUUUUAACAUUUAAGAAAAACUUGGACAGGUACAUGGAUGAGAGGUGUAUGGAGGGAUAUGGUCCAGGUGCAGGUCAGGGGGACUAAGCAGAAAAAUGGUUCAGCACAGCCAAGAAGGGCCAAAAGGCCUGUUUCUGUGCUGUAAUGUUCUAAGGUGGGCAUUUGCAGAAUUUGGGUGUUGUUUAGACAAUAGGCCCUGUUUCUUCAUGUGCAAUCCCAGGAUUGCAGAAACCAACCUAGCUGGUGUGUGUGUAUGUGUUUGUGUGUGGAUAU